CCCAACCGUUUCCAUCCACACACACCCACCAUGUCCAGCUCCCUCCCCCCACUCGCAACCCUGACGUCAGAGCCCCAAGACCGUCAAUUCCAAGUGCUGGACACCCUCUUCGAGCCGUCGCCCGAACUGCACACCCUCAUGGCGCCCGUCCUCGCCCACCAGACCUUCGACAGCUACGCGAGGCUGAUCGACGCCGUCGGCGGCCGCAUGUCGGCCCUGUCCGCGGCCGACUCCUCCAAGGACCGCGAGAUCCUGUACGGGAUCCUGGGCUCGCAUCCCCGGCUGGGACGGCCCAAGGCCGGCCCGACGGAGCAUCUGAGCGAGCUCAGCAGGAAGGAGCAAGCGCAGCUGAACACGGGGGCGGAGGAGCAGGCGGAGCGACUGCGGGUCUUGAAUGCCGAGUACGAGGAGAAGUUCCCGGGGUUGCGGUUUGUGACCUUUGUCAAUGGGAGGGAUAGGGAUGUGAUUAUGGAGGAGAUGCGGAAGAGGAUUGAUAGGGGGGAUGCGGAGGUGGAGGUUGAGGAGACUAUUCAGGCUAUGUGUGAUAUUGCGAAAGAUCGCGCGCGGAAGUUGGAGUAGGGUUGACUUGUAUGUUGAAUAUUGUUGAAAGUUUUUGAAAUGCAACUCAGUAUCAGGUCACCGAUCAUUUCUCAAUUCGAGAAACGCCUAUUACUUUUGCACUAGGAUAAUGCGACGACGUGACCAAGAAUGUAUUGGGUCGUUCAACGACUAACAACAGCAAUGGGGAUGAAAAGUUCUCUUUAUAUCUAUAUACACGCUGGUUCCCA